AUUUGGAAAAGCACACGCAGUUGCUUUACUUUUUUGCUAUUCCCCGUCUCAUACCAAUUGGACGACAGCUCCUGAUCAUACAGCGAAAUUGAGGAAGGGAAAAAGAGCGAGCAUCGUCGUGGCUCGCGCGAACGGACAUUCUACGUCAGGAUUGAGGCCGCUGCGCUGUAGAUACCUGCGACUUGGCGAUCAAUUAUUCUCAUGGUUGAGUCGUCCCUUUGCAUACAGCCAGCAGAAGAUUCGCAGAUUGGAAGGAAGAACUGCUCUGACCUCUCACCUUCCCCUCCAUGGUUCCACGAUAAACCUGUCAUCCUCCUGUCUCAACUGCAUUGAACAUCCCAACUAUUCAAUUGCCACGAUCAGGACUACCGAAGGAGGAAGAGGAUAUUGAAAUAGAAGAAACGCCGAUUGGAAUUUGAACACUCUGUCUUUUCUGUCUCUCUCCUCCCCCCUCUUCCCAGUUCCCAUCCUGGGACUCCACGAUUCAAAUCAUGGCUACAUCAAUGCACCUAUCCCAGCUUCGGAAAUGGAUCCUCUCAUCGCCUCCCAUUGAGAUGGCUAUUUUGAAACUCAGAGAACUGCUACUCGGUGCGCUUAGACAAGGGCCUGUUCCAGAACACGUCGCUUUUGUUAUGGAUGGAAAUAGAAGGUUUGCUCGAUCUCAUGGAAUUGAAACUGUUGAAGGGCAUAAUUUAGGGUUUGAGGCAUUGGCAAGGAUCCUAGAAGUAUGCUACAAGAGCGGUGUGCGAGUUGUCUCCGUCUACGCCUUCAGUAUUGAAAAUUUCAAGCGCUCGAAAUUCGAAGUGGAUGCCCUGAUGGAGAUGGCAAAGGUAAAAUUCUCGCAGUUGGCACAGCAUGGAGACCUACUAGAUCGAUACGGUGCCCGGAUAUGCGUGUUGGGUCGACUGGACUUGCUCCGACCCGAUGUUCUUGCGGCUGUGAAUCGGGCGGUUGAGCUGACAAGCCGGAACGGGGACCGCGUUUUAAACAUAUGCUGUCCAUACACCUCAAGAGAUGAAAUCACAAGUGCAGUCCGGAGUACAGUCACAGAAUACAGCAAACCUUUAGAUCAGACGAAGGCUUCAUCCACUUCACGUACACCCUUCUCCGAAUCCCACAUUGCACUUAAUGUUCGAGCACAGAAUCUUAAUUCGCAGACAGACGGAGUGGAUAGCGACUCCGGAGCCACCCAGGAAUCCUUGGCUCCAGAGGUAUCGAGUCCGAAACAUAGAUCUUCAUUCUCUUCGUCCGCCACUCUCAACAAUGAUGGGCAGUUGGGCGAAGAUUUGCCCGGUGCAAAAGCUACCGAAACACAGAACGCAAUUUUCAUAUCCCCCGAAACCAUUACCAGCAAGACAUUGACGGACCAUAUGUUUACCAAAGGCAACCCGCCCUUGGAUAUACUCAUCCGUACGUCCGGCGUGGAGCGACUGAGCGAUUUCAUGCUCUGGCAAUGCCACGAGAACACGGAUAUAGUAUUUUUGGAUGUCAUGUGGCCCGAAUUUGAUAUAUGGCAUUUCUUGCCGGUUCUACUGAAAUGGCAGAGGAGGAUUUCAAAGCUGAAGAAAAACCCGGAUGGCGAAGGAGAUUUUGACGGGUCUGUGUUGAAGGAUAUCUACGAGGGGGCUGAUGGAUCGCUCCGUACUAAUGGAAAGAUUAAGGAUCUGUAGAGCACAAACGUCUUGUUCAUAAAAACACAUACAUCCAGCUGUAUACAGUACAUAUCGUAGUUCCAUGCAUUGAAUCGUCCUCGAAGUCUCGAAUGCUGGGCUAGCAGCUCGGCCCAGCCCGGAGAAACC